AUGGCCAGACCUGGACCUAAGAAGCGCGUGAAGAGCGUGGAGCCGACAAUCAUGCGCCGAGCUCCCGAUGGCAGCGCGUUUCUCACAUGCGAGGCAUGCGGCUCCAAGGUGCCGGUUGCCACGGCGGAUAUGCACUCGUGCGAGAACGACGCUGCGUUCAAAGCCAACCUUGAGCGUUUGCGGUUGGAGUUUCAAGAGCGUAUGGCAGAGGAAGCCGCUGCUAAGAAGCAGAAAGCUGAGGAGAAGCAGCAGAAGUCCAAGCAGACCAAGGAGGAGAAGCAGCAGAAACGGAAAGCUGAAAAGGACCCCAACGCUUCCAAGAAACCAGCAACCGCAUACUUCCUGUUCCUAGAAGAUUAUCGGAAGGAGUACAAGGAAGAGCAUCCCGACAACAAGAUCACAGAGAUGAGCAAAGCCGCUGGGGCCAAGUGGCAGAGCAUGACUGACGAGGAAAAAGAGGUGUACAAGAAGCGAGCGGCAGAGCGCAAGCAAGAGUACGAGGCGCAAUUAGAAGAAUACAACAUGCAAUCCAGGGUGGAGGGUGUUGGGGAUACGGAGGAUGAUGAUGAGAAGCACGAAGAGGCGCCAAAGCCUGCAAAGAAAAAGCGUCUUGUGUCCAAGAGAACAGAAGAGGAUGAGACACUGAAUGAGGAGCUUCAAGAUGACAUAGCAGAUUAG